GUAGUUCUAGCUUAGUUUGUUCUUUCUGUUAUAUCGGUGUGCAUUUAAUUAUGCGAAAUCAUCCGCAUCUGUUUUUCUUUGUGACCGCAGUCGUGAGUUACGUUGCCGCCGAGUUCCAAAAUCCGUACCCUCCAGUGGCAGCCUUGUUCGGACCACGGAACAAAUUCAUCUGUAAUGCCGUUGUGCUUGGAAAAGGUCAAAUUCUUACCUCAGCCGAUUGUCUUUAUUUGAAGAAAAAUGGAUCCUACUCUCUGGGAGCACCCAGUGAUUUUCACGUGGCCUUAGAAACCCAUAGCAUUGAACGAUUCCACAGUGGAAAAGCUUUCAGUGGGAAAAGCUCAAGAUGGCGAUACCUGCAGAAAUUGAGCCGGAAGUUCGGAGCCAAGUACGACAAUAAUUAUGCGAAUGAAGUGUUCUCGAAUCAGCUUAAACCUGAUAAGAUCAGCUACUUGAGCAAAGCAUUAAGAACAAGCGGAUUGAAUUCUAAGAUUGACAGGAACUACGUGCCGGUUUUAAGCUUCAGGAUCCAUCCCGGGUUCAAAGAGUCAUUCAGCAAUGAUUUGGCGGUGUUAAACAUUUCAGACCGUUAUCCUACAGAUAACUCUUCGAUUGCUGAAGUAUCGCAAAAUUCCAUCGAAAUGGCAUUCAAUCGAGUGGUUCAUGUGUACGGAUUCGGAAUUUUGAGUCAUGGCGCGAAUGAAACGAACCGUCCCGUGUAUUUCAAGGCUCGAACGGUAGAAAUGUAUUUACUGCCACCGAGUAGAUGCCAACAUGAUAUGGAAAAUUUGUUCCAGAGUGAUCAACACUUGUGUUUAAAACCAAGCGGGAAUGAGACAUUGUGUUUGGGAUUUACCGGAGCACCAAUCGUACUAGAUGGAAAGCUCAUUGGAAUCGUUGACUUUGGUCACUUUAGCUGCAGUUUGGAUUCGCCAGUUGUGGGAAUACGCUUGGAUGCGUUCGGAGAUUUCUUGGGAUUGCCGGCUCCAACAUUUUUCGAUUCCUUUCGAAAGCUAAUAGAAACUCUUAUGGGAGUAAAGCUGUGAAUACAAUUUUCCAAUAAAUGUUUAGGAUACAGUCUUCAUCCUAAUUUUACUACGACAAAUA